AUGAGAAGAGUUGGGUCGGAUCUCCCUCAUAGCUGCUUGACGACCUCGUCAUCAGAGAACGAGGGGAAACAAGCACAGCCGGAGAAGAAUUUGCCGCCGGAGGUCUCUCUACAGACGAGGCCAGUAGUUGGCGAGGCUCCUGGCCGCCGGAUGGAAGGAUCGCUGAAGAAGAAAGGCGACAGUACCUUCCCACGCGAACCCUUGGCAGAUCACAGGUGGGCUUCAAGGAGGAGUUGGGCCGCCAAAGAAUUUGCAGGGGCCACCUUUUAA